AUGCUGAAACCCGUCCGGAGCGGCCUGUUGGCGAUCGUGGGCGUGCUGCUCUUUCACGCGGCCGGCGGCGUGAACAGCCAGUGCUGGCAGAGCAGCAGGUGUCGGGAGCUCAGCACGGAAGCUGGCCUUGUGGAGUGCAUCAAAGCCUGCAAGCUGGACCUGUCUGCAGAGUCACCUGUGUACCCAGGUAAUGGCCACCUGCAGCCUCUGUCUGAGAACAUCCGGAAGUACGUCAUGAGCCACUUCCGCUGGAACAAGUUCGGCAGGAAGAACAGCAGCAGCGUCGCUGGCCACAAGCGAGAAGAGAUCCCCAGCAAUCUCCUUUUUGGCUUCUUCCCUGAUGCUUCCCCAGCUCAAAGAGGAGACAAAGAAGAAGAAGGAGCUGCCCUCGAAAGGCAAGACAGCAAACGAUCCUACUCAAUGGAGCAUUUCCGAUGGGGGAAGCCAGUAGGCAGGAAGAGGAGACCCAUCAAGGUCUAUCCCAAUGGGGUGGAAGAGGAGUCCGCUGAGAGCUAUCCACUGGAGUUCAGAAGAGACCUCUCUAAGGACCUGGACUACCCCGAGUUCGAGUCUCUGGAAAGCCCAGAGAGCGAGGAAGAGAUGGUCUCAGAGGAGGAAGAGAAAAAAGAUGGAGGGUCCUACAAGAUGCACCAUUUCCGAUGGAACACCCCACCCAAAGACAAGCGAUACGGGGGCUUCAUGACAUCGGAGAACAGCCAGACUCCUUUAAUGACUCUUUUUAAGAAUGCCAUCAUAAAAAAUGCCUAUAAGAAAGGCCAGUAA